UUUUUUUACCCUAAUGAAUUUGUUUUGGAGGUUUUGAAGAAGAAAACCGUUGUUAUCCGGGAAUUUUACAUUCAUUUUUAUCUGUUGCCACAUCUUGAGCGUGAUCUCUGUGGUUUUAAAAUCCCACGUUCUGAGCGCAUUCCACUGUUGUCUAAGGAAAAUUGUUUUAAACCUUUGCUCUGCAAGAACCAGAGGAGAACUCAUAAAAAGGAAGACAUCAGCAGAUGCAAUCACGGAUGUGGCUUAGUCCUUGCAGCGGCCCCAGAGAGCUGUUCAGAGCUUACCAUCCGCAGUUAUGAAUCCAGAAGAGCAGAUCGUGACGUGGCUUAUAUCUCUCGGCGUUUUAGAUUCCCCCAAAAAGACCAUCUGCGAUCCUGAGGAGUUUUUGAAGUCCUCGCUAAAAAAUGGGGUAGUGCUAUGCAAAUUGAUCAACAGACUUAUUCCUGGCUCCGUGGAAAAGUAUUGUCUGGAGCCCCAAACCGAAGCCAACUGCGUCAGCAACAUCAGUGAAUUCCUGAAAGGAUGUGUGCCCCUUCAAGUGGAGGUCUUUGAUCCCGAUGACCUUUAUUCAGGGGUCAAUUUCUCCAAGGUUCUGACUACUCUUUUAGCUGUCAACAAAGCAACAGAAGAUCAGCUAUCAGAAAGACCAUGUGGACGUUCCUCUUCUCUUAGUACUGCUAAUAGUUCUCAGACAAGCCCACAGAGAGCAGUUUCUAGCACAGCUCCAGGGCUGCAAAAGCAGGCAAAGGCAGUGGAGAUGACGGAAAAUGGAAGUCAUCAGUUGAUAGUGAAGGCAAGAUUCAACUUUAAGCAGACUAACGAAGAUGAACUAUCCGUCUGUAAAGGGGACAUCAUUUAUGUCACUCGCAUUGAAGAAGGAGGCUGGUGGGAAGGCACACUAAAUGGGAGAACAGGCUGGUUCCCUAGUAAUUAUGUCCGAGAAAUCAAACCCAGUGAGAGACCUCUCUCCCCUAAGGGUGUCAAAGGAUUUGAAACUGCUCCACUUACCAAGAAUUAUUAUACCGUGGUAUUACAGAACAUCUUGGAUACUGAAAGAGAGUAUGCUAAAGAACUUCAGUCUCUCCUUGUAACUUACUUAAGACCGCUGCAAUCCAAUAACAACCUGAGUACUGUGGAGUUUACAUCUUUACUGGGAAACUUCGAAGAAAUAUGUACAUUUCAACACACACUCUGCCAAACUUUGGAAGAAUGCUCAAAGUUUCCAGAAAACCAACACAAAGUAGGAGGUUGUCUACUGAAUCUCAUGCCUCAUUUUAAAUCGAUGUAUCUGGCUUACUGUGCAAAUCACCCUUCAGCUGUAAAUGUGCUCACCCAGCGCAGUGAUGAUCUGGAACAGUUUAUGGAAAAUCAAGGUGCAUCCAGCCCAGGUAUCCUCAUUUUAACCACCAGUCUCAGCAAACCAUUCAUGCGACUGGAAAAGUAUGUUACUCUCUUGCAAGAACUGGAACGGCAUAUGGAGGAUACUCAUCCAGAUCAUCAAGAUAUUCUGAAAGCAAUCAUAGCAUUCAAAACUCUCAUGGGUCAGUGCCAAGAUCUGAGAAAGAGAAAACAGCUGGAGUUGCAGAUACUUUCCGAACCUAUUCAGGCAUGGGAAGGGGAGGAUAUUAAAACCUUGGGAAAUGUGAUCUUUAUGUCACAAGUAAUGGUGCAGUAUGGAACAUGUGAGGAAAAAGAGGAACGAUACCUUCUGCUGUUUUCAAAUGUCUUGAUAAUGUUAUCUGCAAGCCCUCGGAUGAGUGGCUUUAUCUAUCAGGGAAAAAUACCAAUAGCAGGAAUGGUGGUGACUAGAUUAGAUGAAAUUGAAGGGAACGACUGUACAUUUGAAAUCACAGGUAACAUAGUAGAGAGAGUUGUGGUCCAUUGCAAUAACAACCAGGACUUCCAGGAAUGGUUGGAGCAGCUGAGCAGACUGACCAGGGGACCUGCGUCUUGCAGUUCAUUAUCCAAAACAUCAUCAUCAUCGUGUAGUGCUCAUUCCUCUUUUAGCUCUACCGGACAGCCCCGAGGACCCUUGGAGCCUCCUCAAAUUAUAAAACCGUGGAGUUUAAGUUGUCUACGACCUGCACCUCCACUUAGACCAUCAGCAGCACUAGGUUAUAAAGAGAGGAUGUCUUAUAUCUUAAAGGAGUCCAGUAAAAGCCCCAAAACAAUGAAGAAGUUUCUUCACAAAAGAAAGACUGAGAGAAAACCAUCAGAAGAGGAAUACGUGAUCAGGAAAAGUACGGCUGCUCUGGAAGAGGAUGCUCAAAUUCUUAAGGUGAUUGAAGCCUACUGCACCAGCGCCAAUUUUCAACAAGGUGCUCGGAAAGAUUCUGUCCCACAAGUCUUACUCCCCGAGGAAGAGAAACUCAUCAUUGAAGAAACUAGAAGCAACGGCCAGACUAUCAUCGAGGAAAAGAGCCUUGUCGAUACUGUUUAUGCCUUGAAGGAUGAAGUCAAGGAACUGAAGCAGGAGAAUAAAAGAAUGAAGCAAUGCUUGGAAGAAGAAUUGAAGUCAAGAAGGGACCUGGAAAAGCUGGUCCGAAGGCUUUUGAAGCAAACAGAUGAGUGCAUUCGAGCUGAAUCCAGUAGCAAGACCUCGAUUCUUCCAUAAGCACCACUAUGCAGCUGGGCAGAGUGUGCCUUCAGCGUGUCUUUAAAUGUCUGGCUGGAUGACUUGAUUCAGUUCUCACUUGUUUGGCUUUUGUUUUGUGUUUGACUCUCUCUCUCUCUCUCUCCCCCACCCCCCCCACAAUGUGUAUGUGUUUACUUGGGUAUUUGUUGUUUUUUAGUUAUGGGUUAGUUGCUUAUUUUUUCAACAGGGGAAAAAGCAGGAGGUGGUGGUAGUCAUGGCCUCAGAGUAUUCGCCAUUCAAUGAGAAAAGGAAAGCUAACACAGGCAGAUGACUUCAGUGCUCUUCAGAUGGCCUUCAUUUGACAGUGCCUCUGCAAUAGCUGUUACCAUUGGGUCACACUUGGUGGCCUGGCUGCUAUCUCAGGGCAGUGGGCCAUGGCAUAUUAGAUAUGAACCUGACUUUCCCUUGAACACUUUCCUGUACAGCAUCCCUCGCUACUUAAUUUACUGAAGGUAAAGCUUCCUGAGUUUUAACCAGAGAAGGCAAAAGACUAACAUAUUGCCCAAUAGUCUAGCUGCCCUUCCCUAGUCUGUGACAUGCCACCCUUCAAUCACACUUUUUUUUUUCUUAUUGCCUUAUAUUGUCGCUAAGACCAAGAAAACUGUAGUAGUUGUAUUCCUUCUAUUCUGGUGUACGUUUAACUCGGUGGCACAGAAGUUGUGGUCAUUCAUGCCAACACCAAACCCAUUGGCAUUGGGCAAUCCUCCUUACAGCAGUAGAGUUGACCAGCUCUUCCCAGUGCAUGAUAGGUCUCCUUCCCUAGCUUUCUGCCUGGUGUGUAAGUCUUCUAUUCCCCAGUGCUUUCAAACAAGCAUACCAAGUGGUGUGUAAAAAGGUAUUAAUGUGUUGUGCUUAUUUUUUAAAAAA